AUACAAACAUAAUUUAUGAUAAAAAGUCUUAAAAUAUAAAAAUAUAUUAAAUAUGUUAAUGUGUAAGUACAUGUGUUAUGUUGAUUGUCCUUCUUCCUUUUUUUUCUAGUAGACCAUCUUCAUACAGUGUAUGUACAGUGGUAAGAGUCCUACUUCCUCAAGCCAGUUAGUGAAGUCAGUGCCACAUGGACAUGUCCAGUCCUGUCUGCUCCCAGGACACUCGUACAGGUGUAAUGGACUGGAGGAGCUGCCCACUCUCUCUCUCCUUGGAUACAGCAUUGUGUACGGCUUCAUUAACACAUGCUUGAGGACUCUAGUGGUUGAGAAGUUUGGAGAAGAGACAUGGGAAGAGCUAAGGUUAUUGGCAGAGGUCCAAGACAACUUUAUGACCUAUGAAAUUUAUGAUGAUGUCAUCACUCUCCGCCUGGUGCAAGAGGCUUGCAAAAUGCUGGAUGUCACCUCCGAGGUGGUGUUGAAGCUUUUUGGAGAAUACUUCUUCAGCUUCUGUAAAAUGUCUGGCUAUGACACGAUGCUACGCACUCUUGGUGGAAACUUAGUGGAAUUCAUUGAAAAUCUUGAUGCCCUACAUAGUUACCUGGCAUUGUCUUAUCAGGAAAUGAAUGCACCCUCUUUCCGUGUGGAGCGAACAAAUGAUGGUAGGACGCUGCUUCACUACUACUCUGACAGGAAAGGACUCCACCAUAUAGUGCCUGGCAUAAUUGAAGCAGUGGCAAAGGAUUUCUUUGGCAGCAAAGUGACCAUGACCAUCCUGGAGCAGCCAGAGGAGGAGGAACGCACGGGGAAGAAAGAGCAUGUGAUCUUUCUCAUGACACAGACAAAUGAAGGGGCCAAGACAGAAACCCUCCCAAAUGACAAGAAUUGGGCAGAACAGAAAGACAUUGCGGGAAAGGUCAUGUUGAACAGAGUUCCACACUCAUUUUGCCCCAGCUAUCCGAAGAGACUGUGGAUUGAGGAGAAAGCCUUCUGCAAUGCUUUUCCCUUUCAUAUCGUCUUUGACCAAGAUCUCACAGUGAAGCAAACUGGUGUGAAUAUCCAGAAGUUUGUGCCAGGCCUGCAGAGGACAGGAAACCGUCUGGAUGAAUACUUCAUUGUGGUCCAUCCUGAGGUCACCCUUAACAUUCACAGCAUCAAGAAGUUCAUCAACAGCCAGUUUGUGCUGAAGACUAAGAGAGAAAUGCUUCCUCAGAGCUUUCAAAACCAGUCCAUGCUCAAACUACGAGGUCAGAUGGUGUGGAUGGAGUCUCUGUGCUGUAUGGUGUAUCUGUGCUCUCCUAAACUGCGUAGUCUGCAGGAAUUGGAGGAGCGAGGGCUGCACCUGGCUGAUAUCGCCCAACAUGACACCACACGUGACCUCAUCCUGCUUAAUCAGCAGAGACUGGCCGAAAUUGAGCUGUCCAACCAGCUUGAGCGCAAGAAGGAGGAGCUGCGCAUCCUCUCACGCAACCUGGAGGUGGAGAAGAAGAAGACAGAGACGUUGCUGUAUGCUAUGCUGCCACGGCAUGUUGCUAACCAGCUAAAAGAGGGCAAGAAGGUUGAGGCAGGAGAGUUCAAAGUGUGCACCAUUCUCUUCAGCGAUGUGGUCACCUUCACAAACAUCUGUGCAGCCUGUGAGCCCAUUCAGAUAGUCCACAUGCUCAACUCCAUGUACUCGAAGUUCGACCGCCUCACAAAUGUCCAUGAUGUCUACAAGGUGGAGACGAUUGGCGAUGCCUAUAUGGUUGUUGGCGGUGUGCCCAUCCCCAAGGACACCCACGCUGAGCGUGUGGCAAACUUUGCCUUGGGCAUGAGGAUUGCAGCUAGGGAGGUGACCAACCCUAUCACAGGGCAGCCAAUACAGAUCAGAGUAGGUCUACAUACAGGUCCUGUGCUGGCUGGUGUAGUGGGUGAAAAAAUGCCCCGAUACUGCCUGUUUGGAGACACAGUCAACACAGCCUCUCGAAUGGAGAGUCAUGGAGUUCCGGACCAUAUACACCUGAGCCCUUUUACCUACAGGGCUCUCAAGGAUAAAAUGUUUGACAUUCGUGAACGGGGAGAGAUCCAGGUGAAAGGCAAAGGCCUCAUGACCACCUACUUCCUGCUCCAGAACCUCAAGCUGUCAGAGAAGCAGAUCAUGGGCAAAGGGAAGGAGGAGACGUGUGUGUACCGAGAUGAUCAGCAGGAGGCACAAAGCUUAGACAAUAAGGUAACAGCAGAGCAGAAGAAUGUUAGCGAGAAAGAAGAGAGGAAAUCUGUCGAAGAGCAAAGCAGGAGCUCAUCUGCCCACUUUUCUGUUGGUGACCCUUCACCUCAAUCCUCUGCUGAUGUCACUCCUAAUAUCUCAGUAGUUCAGUACCACUUACCAGAUUACUCUGAACCCCUGGACAAUGGCCUUCCUGCAGAAAACAUCAGCAUCAACUCCCGUCUGUGCACUCUGCUUUAGAAAACAAAGAAAACUCAGAAUGGUCAGAUCCCACAACCUUCUUGCAGUUCUUCUUAACCUGACGAUCAGAAGUUUUAGAAAUGGCCACAACAAUGGUUUCAUUUACAAAAGAUGUCAGGUUGGCCCACAGCAGGGCUUCAUGUGUAUCUUUGUUUUUCUUUCUAUGUGUAUUUCAGUUGUAUGUUUCUGCAAUCUGAGGAUUAUUAUUCAUCUGGAGAUAACUGAAUUGUGUUAUGUUUACACCGUAGCCAUUCAACAUGAAAAGCUAAAAACCCUUAACCCAGAUAACAGACUUCGAUUACAACAAUGUCUAUAGUUGUUGGGUAAAACCAUUAAAUCAGCAUAGAUCUGAUGUGCACUUUGUAUUAUCUUCCUUGUUGUUUUGAACACUGUUCCAAUGUUGAACCUCCAAUCUUCUGUAUGUAGCAUGAUUGUGUUACCCUCUGCUCAAAUUCUAACACUUUAUAGUAGCUGACAAAAGUUGGUAUAAUCUGUGAUUGACAACACAAGUUUUUUAGGUGUAAAAGAUGGUGCAAGUUGGCAAGGCAGAAUAUACAGUAUGUCUGAGGUGCAAUCCCAACUAGGCAGCACAGCCAUGAAGGAAUAAAAGUCCUUGGUUGGGGCUCCAAAUGCUGCGCUUACUGUAGGCUUCUUUGGAUUAGUGUCUUAAAAUGUGUCAUAUUUUGUAGUGAACUGAAUGUACUGUUUUCAAAAUUAAAUCAACACUAAUACUGACGUUAGAUGAACAGCUGUUCAGCUAUCAACAACUACUGUCGAAUCAAUGUUGAUUGAGUUGUGGAAUCAACAGUGAAUACAAUGAGCAAGAUCAAUCAAAUUCAACCUCAAAGAUCCAUGUUGAAAGCAAGCUGUUUUGGCAAAGCCUCCAGCAGAGCUACAUUUGUCAGUCAGCAAGUACUAAUCCCACCAAAACAUGGGUUACCAGUUUGGAGUUGUUGAAACAGCCACUGUAGUGUUAUCAGUUUUACUAACUGCAUAUGAUUAGUUUAUAUAUUACUUUGCUUAAGAGGUGCAUGCAUCUGUAU